AUGUCGGCCAAGCAAAGGACCAUCUCAAAUAAUGAUGAUGAUAGUGAUGUAGACAAGCAAGUUAAGAGUUCGAAUACAACUUUUGACGAAGACGAGGAAAAAGAGUUGGAGGAAAGAUACAAUCAAGCUUUGAAGGAAAAAGCCUGGGAACCAGUAACGAAAAUAGACCACGAAGAAUUUAUGGUCUGGAGACUUGAGGACACUGAAGUUAAGCCACUUGAUGCCAAACAAUAUGGAGUAUUUUUCUCUGACGCCAUCUAUAUUGCACUCAAAGCUUCGAAUAAGCAGCGACGCAUCUGCUAUGAUUUGCACUACUGGGUUCCAUACAAGAUGAGAAAACAAAUACCACCGGAGCCCCCACAGAAGGUGAUGGAACUUUCGGGCCUUCUUGAAGACAAUGUUAUCUAUCAUAAAGAAAUCGAAUACUUCGAGUCCUCUUUGUUUAGAAGCUACUUCAAGACAUUCAUUGUUUUCCGUGGAAGCCCAUCACGCGGGUUUGACGACAAGGAGGCAAAGAAUUACAAACCUCGAUUGAUGAGAUUUAAAUUGGGCAAUCAUGGAGCCGAGUUUAGAGAAGUUGAGGCCUCCACGAAAGCCCUCAAUAGUCGUGGCGUUUAUGUGAUUGAUAAGGGACUGUGUGUGCUACAAUGGAAUGGAAAAUUCUGUAGCGAGAAGGAAAGAAGUGGAGCUUCAUCGCAUAUUGAAAGCCUAUUAUUGCGUCGCAAAGGAAAGUUGACAAGAGAAUUCUACGAUGAAGAAGAUCUGCUCCCAAAGAACCCUUUCACGAGCCUUCUAAGUGAUGAUGAUGUCAAACCCAUGCCAACACUUCCAAAGGACUUCAAAAAGACAAUGCUUAGACUUUCAAACGAAGAGGGAGAGAUGAAGGUAAAGACGGUUUACAGCGGAUGUUUGUCCCGUAGCGGAAUCGAACCCACUGAUAUUAACUUCAUGGACACGGCUGAUGGUCUUUACAUCUAUGUCGGGCCUAUGGCUGGUAAAGAGGAGCGCAAGAGCGUCUGGAAGGAGGCGGAUGUAAGUAGUAGUAUUCAACCUGAUUCGAUUGAAAGUGCCAGUUUUAAUUCGCCCAAUUUUCUCCAUAUACAAAUGCAUUUAUUGCAGCUUGGUAAAUAUAGGUCCUCGGUUUGCACAUAG